AUGCCUUUCAAGUGGGAUGCUGCAGCCGAGCGCAACCUGCUCCUCUUUGCCAUUGCGGAAAUGAGCCCACCAGCCACUUCGAUUUGGUCUAGGGUCGCUGAGAAACUCGGCAAUGAUCUCAACGCCAGUGCCUGCAGUCAAAAAUUCUACAAGUUGAAGAAAGAGAGUGAGAAGCUACUUCAGCAGGGCGAUGCGACCGUCAGUGGUGACGCUGCGACCCCAGUCAAGGAUGCCAAGACCACAAAGACGCCCGCAAGCAAGGGUACAUCUGGACGCAAGCGAAACGUCGCAGAUGUCAAUGGAGAAGAGCCAAAGACGCCCACAAAGCGUAAGCGGAAUGUGAAGAAUGUCGCUCCAGCUGAACCCGAAAUCAAGGGGGAAGUUGAAGAGGAGGAAAAACCCGCUGUCAAAUCCGAGGAUGAGGAGAGCAAAUGCGAAUGA